UUUUUUUCCGUGCGCAUGCCUGGCGCCAAUUUUAGAGAAAAAAAUUUUGAAGAACAGAAAACUACAAAUCGAAAAUAUAGAGUAAAGAAAGAAAUGGCAGACUUUGGUUUUGCAAAUUUUGGAGAUGAUGAUGACAAUGAAGAGGAAGAAUUCACUUUUCAAGGAGUGACACAGAGGGAUGGCUUAAUUUUCUUGAUUGACUGCUCCAAGUCCAUGUUUGACAAGGAUGAUGAAGACAAUGAAGAAGAAGAGUCACAUUUCCAACUUUGUUUGAGGUGUGCCCAAACCACUUUGCAGAACAAGAUUAUCAGCAGUGAUAAAGAUCUUGUAGGGAUUGUCUUCUAUGGAACUGAAAAGUCCCAGAAUCCUAGUGACUUCAAGCAUGUCUAUGUGUAUCAAGGAUUAGAGCAACCAGGUGCUGAAAGAAUCCUAGAGUUGGAGAGCUUGAUUGAUGAUGGUAUGAAAAGUUUUGAGAAAGACUAUGGCCACAACACAGCUUACUCUCUGAAUGAUGCACUAUGGACAUGUCAAAAUAUGUUUGCAAACAGUUCCCAGAAGGUGGGGUUUAAGCGCAUCAUGCUGUUUACAAAUAAUGACAAUCCUCAUGCCGGUGCCCCACAGCUUCAGCGCCAAGCCAAAACAAAGGCCGGGGAUCUAAAGGAGACAGGAAUAGAACUGGAAUUGAUGCAUCUCCAGAAACCCAAUGAAAGUUUUGAAGUUGAUAAAUUUUACAAAGACCUGUUGUAUAGUGCUGAUGAUGAUUUCACAGAACUAGCUAACCCAGCAGAAAGACUAGAGGAACUUCUUACAAGAGUUCGAUCAAAAGAUCACAAGAAAAGAGCCUUAAGAAGAAUUCCUUUGACCCUCGGACCUGGACUUGAAUUAGGAGUGGGAGUGUACACACUUGUCCGUCCUUGUUAUAAACCCACAGCUGUCAAGUUAUCCAGGAACACCAAUGAAGAACUCAAAACUCACUCCAAGACCUAUCUUAGGGAAACUGGUGAGGUGUUGAUGCCACAGGACCUGAAGAAAGCACAGACUUACGGAGGAAAAAGGAUCAGCUUUGAAAACGAUGAAAUUAAUCAGAUCAAAAACUUUGGAGAGACUAGCUUCAAACUAAUGGGUUUCAAGCCUUCCAGUCUUCUAAAGAAAUACUAUCACGUAAAACCAGCACAGUUUAUUUAUCCAGAUGAAACGACUAUUACAGGCAGUACAACAUUGUUCACUGCUUUACUCAAAAAGUCGCUAGAAAGGGACGUAACUGCCAUCUGCAAAUACAUCAGCGGCAAGAACUUCCCUCCACGCUUUGUGGCUCUUGUACCCCAGGAAGAGGAAUUUGAUAAACAGAAUGUACAGAUUUCACCUCCUGGAUUUCAUGUGAUUUAUCUCCCUUUUGCUGACGAUUUCAGAAAAGUCAAAUUUGAGGAGCAGCCAAAAGCGGGGUCUGAGCAGGUUGAGAAGGCCAAGGAGAUGAUCAAGAAGAUGAAGUUUACAUUUAACAGCGAGAACUUUGAGAACCCGUCCCUGCAGAAGUACUGGAGGAACAUUGAGGCCCUGGCCCUGGACCGAACAGCGCCAGAGGAGGUGGAGGACUUCACUUUACCUGAUGAUGAAAGAAUGUUAAAGAGGGCAGGAGAAGCUAUUGAUAACUUUAAAGACAUGGUGUUUCCAAGUGGAUAUGAACCAGGGGCCAAAAAGAGGAAAGCAGGAGGGGCCACAGGGAAUGCAGCAGCUAAAAAAGCCAAAACCGCGGAUGCUUCUGCGUCCAUUGAUGUCAAGAAGGAAGCAGAAGAAGGGAGGCUGGGGAAGUUGACUGUGGCAGUUUUGAAGGAGAUUGUGAAGAAAGAGAAGAUCACUGCCUCAGGUACCAAGAAAGCAGACCUGAUUGAUGCCAUUAAUGACCAUUUUGGAGUGUAACAGGAAGACACUAAACCAGAUUGGUUUCCAUGUAGAGAGAUAGAGAGGCUUUCAUACUCCACUUAUUUGUAGCAGAUGACUUCAGUGUUAAUUGUUCAUAGAGAAAAUGAAGACAGAAGCUGUGUUCUUUCUUGGAAUGUGCACUUGGCCACCAACACUGAAAAAACUCUCAGAAUCAAGUUCACUGUAAUUCUUUUUUGUUUGUUCCAAUUUUAGGAAUGUGUAUAAAGCUUCAUUUCAUAGUAGAUAGUGAGUAAAUGCAUUUACAUAAAAAAGCUUUUGUCAUCU